GAUCUAUCGACGUUCAAAUACCGCGAAAUAUCUGGCGCCGGGUGACUGGCGCCAAAAACGCGGAACGUGGAAUCGGACAGAGAAGUAAGAAUCGGUCAACACUCAAGCAGGCAGCAAGAGCGAUACGUGCCGACUAGUAAAAACGAGUUUAACACGCGUGACGGCGACGGCAUGGUUUUUACACGUUAAUAUUUGAUCAAAAAUCAAGGGAUGGACACGAGUACCAAAGACUCUCCUGAUCGCAGGGUCCUCCGCGAACUGAGCAAUGUCAAGUCGGAGCCGGUCUCACCCACGGCCAACCUGCGGCUACUCACAACUCUCGCUUCCAGUCUAAAAAGCGCCCCUCACAAUGAGUCUAAAAUUGUUAAAAGAACAUGGACAGUCUCGAGAGACGGGGACACAGAUCCGCUCAAGUUAUUACCGAGGAAAGAAAAGUCCCUCGGCUUGUUAUGUAACAAAUUCUUGAGCUUGUAUCCACUGACAAUGGCCGGUAACAUCCCACAAGAAAUUUCGCUGGAUACAACAGCAAAAGCACUGGGUACUGAAAAACGAAGGAUAUACGAUAUAAUAAACGUACUGGAGAGCUUGGAGAUGGCUUCCAAAGCGGGGAAAAACCGCUACUUAUGGCACGGGCACAGCUACCUACCUGGCACUUUGGCUAAACUCAAAUCCCUGGCAGUUAAACUUGGCUUGAGAGAACAAAUUCAAGAAAUACAAAAAAUUAAUAGAGCAUACACCGCUAAUUUCAACAACGAAUCACCCUUCUUGAACACAGUAGUUUCGCAGCCCACCAAUGGAGACAAUAAUAGUUUUAUUGAGACCAACACGAAAGAGGAUAAGAGCCUUGGAGUCAUGUGCCAAAAGUUUAUUAUGCUCUUUCUGGUUUCGUUAAAGAAUGGAAUUAUAAAUUUAGAUAUGGCUGCAAAAGUUCUCAUAACAGACAUUGAACAAUCCAACGAAACCACUGAUACCAGUAUAAGAUCUCGCUUCAAAACAAAAGUGAGAAGACUCUACGAUAUUGCUAAUGUUUUGUCGGCAAUUGGAUUAAUAAGAAAGGUCAGCAUGUCUGAUAGUUCCAUAAGAAAACCUGUUUUUCAAUACACAGGCCCAGAUGUAGACUACAUAGACUUUGAUGCAGAAACACCUGUCAGAGAAGGGACUAGACAUUCGCUCAUAGGGAUGGCUACACCCAAUAGAAGUUUAGGAACCAGUGUUUUUCAACAAUCGUCUUCUACGAAACCAUCUCCCUGCCGUAACAGGUUACUUAUUGGCUCAACGACUCCUAUCAACCAACGUAGAGAGCCUAGGAAGAGAAAACUCUUUGGAACAGAUGAGAAAUUUGGCCGUACUAUGAGCUCCCCUUGUCUGGACAUCGAUCGCCCUUUGGAACGCCUAGAUGACUCAAUCCUACAAGUUGCUGAGAUGGAGCUUGAAAGGUUAAAGUCAAGUGAGCAACCUGCAAAAUCUAAAGUUUGUGUCAAAUUAUUUCCAAGGCAUAAUUCGGAAUCUUGUGUAACGGCUACACAAGUAUCUGGAGAGUUAAACAACAUUUUUGAAGGUCUUCGUUCACCCGAAAGUAGUGGGGUUGAAAAUUCAGCUGCCAACGCAAUUAACGAAGCGUCUGACGUAUCUUCUUCGAAUGGCAUUGACACUCGAAUCAACAGUGCAACAGGUCAUAAAACAAUCAUGACUGCCAGUAAUGUAAAUCUAGUCGACAUAGCUGCAUUCAAUGCAUCUAAUAGUAUUGAAGUACCAAGUUUCAAUUCAUCCUCACACGUUAACCAUCCUAACUCGCAAAAUCAGAUACCUACUGUACAUUUAUCAUUCAUAGACUCGAGUUUGCAGUCAAAGAUGAAUAAUGUGAAAACAAAGCCACUGAAAUUGAAGGUAAGAAACCCUAAUAUUAUAACGGUAAAAAACGUAUCUUCAAACAAUUUUAUCGUAAAAAAUUUUCCAUCGGAUAAUACAAGAACAAUGAGAUUCACACCGUACAAAAUUCAACCAAAAACUUUUGGUCCAAAAUUUGUCAAUCUUGCAAGGAUUGGCCCGAAAAAAUUAAUUCCUAUUAAACCAAGUGAUUUAAGCAUUACCUCGCCUUCGCUGCGUCCUGUUGUUAUAGAAAAUCCGACCAUUUCUAACACAAACUAUGCUAUACUGACUCAGGUUCAGACUCCCAUCGUCGCUCCGGGCGAUAUACUUAAGGCAGUGCAAGUAGGUAACACCUUGCAACUAGUUCCCUUAUGCAAUCAGACGACAAUCAAUUUUGCUAAUGAAAUUAACAGUGAGACUAGUACGAACCGUAGCUAACAUAAUAUAAUUAUUGUAUAUUUUAUUUCAAUUAUAGUUAUGGUAACGUAACUAAUCCUAACCUAAAAGGUCAAUCACUUUUCAAAUUAUAUACAAUUUAUUAAUUAUAUAAUUAUUAAUAUUAUAUUAUAUAGCAAUGCAAUAAUAAUGAAAGCUUAUUUUAUUUAAUGUAUAAAUUUUUGUGAUUAUAGGAAAUAUCGUUACAAUUUGUUACACUAGACGCUGAGAAUUAGUUGAAUCAUUAUAUUAGAGAUAGAUAUUUAUUAACAUUGAUAGCAGUUUUUUUUACAUGCUAUAAACCAUUUUCCUCACUGACGAGAGAUACAUCAUCAGUCAUUCAAAUGAAAUUUAGUCAGCUAAGGAGAAUAUUAUAAAUAUUCUCGUAAUUAUUAUUUACUGUUGACGAAUCAUAUUAAUUUACUACACAAAAUUUAUUCACUCCAGUCGGCAUCCGGAUUUCGUAAUUUUAAAUGCAUUAAACAUCGAAAAAACUGGUGUGUUUUAUAAAUAAUUCGGAACUUGUAGUAAUGAAUAUUUGCUUAAACAGCACAUAAAAUGUUAUAGUUAUGAAAUGAAUUGUUUGAUAUUGAGAUAAUUUAUUACAGCAUAUAUAAAACUUGGCAAUUGUUGGGUUAGGGUUGAUGCUAGUUAUCAGAAGUUACUAAUCAUAUUUUGAUGCUGUUUUAUAACAUUACUUAAUACUAGUUAUCCUACCAAAAUAAAAGAUUUAUAAUUCA